UCGGGAGACCUCCAUUCUGUAACAACUGUGUCUUGUCGGAAACCAUUCUAAGGGUUGUGGAUGAGAUUUGUCCUGUUUUCAGGUUGACUUUCCGCGGUGUUUGAGGACGAUGGGCUACACUCUAGCAUUUGUUCUUAUACGCAUCAUAUGUGAAAUAAAAUUGUUUUGAAGCAAUAAAGAAUUAGCAAUACAGAAUAUCUCAGGAAGUUCCAAAUUCUGAAAUUGUGAAUUUACUGCAUUGAAAAUGCCUUUCAAGCGACUAACAUGUCUUGCCUCGCCCGAGGAAGGAGGACACAAAGGUCGGCGCCCUUUGCCAGAAGAAAAUAUGCAGAUUGUUCCAGUUGAUAAAGAACCUGAAAUACCUGAAAAUGAAAAAGGAACUUGUUCGAUUGUUUUAAAGAAAAGUGAGGGAGUGGGAAUGGGAUUAACAGUUUCUGGAGGAUCUGAUAAGGGAGGCAGACCGAAGAUAUCGAAUAUGCGAUCUACUGGGAUAGCUGCAAUGAGUGACUUGCUACAAACGAGUGAUUACAUAGUGUCUGUAAAUGGUAUAAAGACCGGAAAAAUGAGACACGGAGAGAUUAUAAGUUUAUUGAAAAAUGUUGGACAAACUGUCACCUUGGAAAUUGAAUAUCAUCUUCCUCCAACAAAUGUCCAGACACCAACAAUCUCACAAAGAACAAUUGAUAUUAUAUUAACAAAGGAAGAUGCUGGUUUCGGUUUUGUGGUGAGAGGAGGACACGAUGAAGAUAAAAUGAAAACUCGGUCACUUGUGGUUACACACAUCCGUCCUGGGAGUGCCGCAGACAAAGAUGGAACGGUGAAAACAGGAGAUAGAUUGAAAUGUAUAAAUUCGAUGCAUUUAUAUCAAGCUACAUUAGAAGAAGUAAACGAAAUGUUAAAAAAUACUCCCAAGUCUACUACGUUUACUUUCGAAUAUGAUGUGUCUGUCAUGGAUGCAGUAAACAAUGCAUCUGGUCCACUUUUGGUUGAAAUAUCAAAGACUCCAGGCUGUAAUUUGGGACUUAUAUUGACUACUUCUAUACGAAGGAAAAAACGAGUCAUCUGUAUUGAAAAAAUCCUCCCUGCAAGUAUCGCAGACAGAUGUGGAGCAUUGAGGAUUGGAGAUCAGUUAUUAUCAAUUGAUGGAGUGAGUUUGGAUAUCAAUACAAUAUCAUUAGAAGAUGCAAGCAAGAUGUUGUUAUCAAAUUCGGAUAAUGUUAGAAUUGAAAUUUUACCUAUCGCACAACUUUCUAUCGAAGCACCAAAGAAUUUAAAUUUCAACAGAUUUGCACCAACGAUAACUAGUGCACAAUCGUUAUCUGCGUUGAAUCAUUUUCCUCGAUAUCCACAUUCACAUCGAUCACUCGCAACAUCUACUUUACGAGGAAGCACAAGUACUUGGCAUAAAAGAAAGAUGCAUCGACCAAAGUAUAGUGCCAGUGCAAUGUCACUGGCCUCAGUCGACUACUUAAGUGGAAAUCAAGUUGUUCGGUCUGAAAACCUCGAAAUCUGUUUGUUAGCUGCCGAUAAUAAUUGUCCACCGGGAAGUUUAUCUGCAAUGUAUUUUGGUAUUCAACUACAAGGAGGAGUGUUUGCAACUGAAGUUUUCACUUCUUCACCUGCUAUUGCUUUUAUUGAAAGUGACAGUGCUGCAGAAAGAUGUGGACGAAUACAAGUCGGUGACAGAUUAUUAUCAGUAAAUGGUUGCGGAACUGAAAAUGAAACUUUAGAAGAAGUUAAAGGAAUGCUAUCAGAAGCUAUGGAGGGUGGACAAGUAUAUGUUGAAAUUGAAUUUGAUGUCGCUGAAUCUGUGGUGCCAAGCAGUGGAACGUUUCAUGUUAAACUACCAAAGAGAAGAGAAAUUGAUUUGGGAAUUGUUGUGGGAAAAAUGAUGACGCCCAAUGAACCGCUUGUUAUAACUGAUAUAAAAAGAGGAUCCACAGCACAUAGGACUGGUACAAUACAAGCUGGUGAUAAAUUACUAGCUAUCGAUGGUGUGAGAUUGGAUAAGAAUUCAACAGUGGAAGAUGCACUUGCUUUAUUGCUUAGUGCAGAAGAUGUUGUCAGAUUGAAAAUAAGGAAAGAUGAAGAAAAUUCAGAUGAUGCAGAAUCGACUGGUGCUAUUUCAUUUACCGUUGAAUUGAAAAGAUAUGGAGGUCCACUGGGAAUCACAAUAUCUGGUACUGAAGAUGCUUUUGAUCCAAUCAUUAUAUCUGGACUCACUCCAGGUGGACUCGCACACAGAACUGGAGCAAUACACGAAGGUGAUCAAAUUUUGAGCAUCAAUAGCAUUCAACUGAGAACGAAACCUCUCAGUGAAGCAAUCAGAUUGCUACAAACUGCAGGAGAGACGGUUACUUUGAAAAUAAGAAAGAAGGCUUUCAAUGACCAAUCCACAGCACCUCCACCUACACAUUCAUCAUACACAAGCACACCUAGACAAUCUAUGACAAGAUCUACAUUGCCAAGAAGUUCUAAUAUAAUGAAAGAACCUAUCACAGAACUGAGUGAUCCAGAAGAUGAUAUUGCUACAUUUCAGAGUGAAGCAACAUACACAACGCAAGAGGCUUCUGUUGCUCCGGAACCAUCCUAUAUAAAUUCACCACCGCUUUUAACAAAAACCGAACCAGAGACAACAGAAUGUGCCAGGAUUGGACCUGCUGGAGCAGCAAGUGUUGAUAGUGCUGUAGGUUCAUUAGAAAGAUCUGCUUCGGAUGCUCAGCAACGUAAUUCGCCAACUAAUAGUGCAUCUCAACCAAAACCUCAUAUUCAAAGCAAACCUUUAAAAAGAAGUGAUUCAGUGCCUAGAAGAAUUGACAGUCUACGUGCCAAAUUUGAGUCGACACAAAAUUAUCCAACUAAUACCUGGAAUGCUUCAUCCCUCGAACAUAGAAGAGUUGAAUCUGCCAGACCAAGCUCAACGAGAAAUUCAGCUGGAUCAGAUUGGCAGAGUGCUUUGAGAGAUCUUCAGUCUGUUGGACAAUCAACUGAUAUUGUAAGAGAUUUAGAGGAAUCAAUUAUGACAACUAGAAAGUUGGAUAUUUCUGAUGACGUUUUCAGACAGCAUUCUCAUUCUACAGCUAAUAGUGUCAGUAACUAUCCACAAUCUAUGUAUCAACCUCGAUCUAUGAAUCAGCUAUCAUAUAAUGUGUCAACUAGCCCAGCUGUUCAACUACACAAGAUAACUCUGCAAAAGAAUCUUGAUUCUGAAGAUUUUGGGUUUUCACUUUCUGAUGGUCAAUUAGAACGUGGAGUUUAUGUUCAUUCUACGAGAUCUGAUGGACCAGCUGAUAGAGCUGGCAUGAGGCCAUAUGACAGGUUAUUGCAGGUAAAUGGAGUCAGAACAAGAGAUUUUGAUUGUUGUCAAGCUAUACCUUUAAUAGCGCAAGCUGGAAAGAGAAUAGUUCUAGUCAUCGCAAGACAUCCGCAAAAUACUGGAAUAUCAGUCUCAUCUCAUCCUAUGCCAUUACUUGCUCCUCCUGUCAAUGUACCAAGCACAAGUGCCAUGAGAUCUAGUGCUUUUGAAACUAUGUAGAUUGAGGAUAGGUUUGAUUUAUACUACAUUCUUAUUCUUUUUAUCAAAAUCAGUUGCCUAAAAAUUGCUUUGAACAAUUCUGAAUGUUUUGUUGGAAGAAGGAAUUUUUUCUUAUUAAAGGUAGUGGAAAAUAACUCUUCGAGGGUUUCAACAAGGGCGAAUUCUUGAAAUUUGAAAAAAUAAAUUUUGAAGAAAUUAGAGAAAUAUCAAUUUUCUGAUCAUAGUUUCAAGCAAUAUUCAUCUCCAAAGGAUUUCAAUAAAAAGUUUAAAAAUCAAAAAUAUGUGUUUUUCCUCAUUUUUUUAAAUAGUUUUGCCCUUUUUGUUGAAGCCCUCGUCUUGAUAUUCAUUGUGCAUGUCCGAACCUGAAUUUCUUGUUUUCUGCCUUGCCAUUUGUUUCGGUUAAAUGAAUCUUAUUUGCGAAAAAAAUCAUGGUAUAUUUUGUAAAUGAUUUGAUAGAUCAAUUGAUCAAUCAAAUGAUUUGUCAUAAAAUGACAAAUUUAACAAGAAAAACAAAUUGUAUUUUUAGUAUCUAAAUUGAAAACACCAAUUUUGAAUUGUGUUUGAACUAAAUUUUUUCUAUCAGCAUAGUAAUUAUUUUCUGUUUGGAAGUCAGUUGAAUCAUCCCUUGGUGUACAUAUUGUAAUUCUCAACCCUUGUUCACCAAUACAGUGAUACCUCAGAAGCCGAAGGACUCGAUACUCUGACAAUUUGGUAGUCGACCAAAAUUAAUUACCAUUGUUAGUUUGUUACUCAUGGUAAAAAAAGUGUUGGUAGUCGAACAUCAAUCCUCAACGAAUCAUAUUCACUAUAUAUCAUAUUCAAAACACGGCAGUACAUAUUUACUAAUUACUAAGACAUAGUUUUAUGAGUUAGAAAUCAAUGUACUGUUAUUAUCUAACGAAUCAUGAGGGUUAAGUAAGUUUUCGAUUAUUCCAAACCAUCUAUAAGAAUUUUAAGUUGAAUGAAAGUGUAAAUAACGUGAACAAGAGUAAAAUUUUCCUUUGUUAAACUUUGAGUCUUGUUCUGUUUUCAUAUUCAUCUUUUCUUGUGUGCUUUAUUUAUACCUAUGAAAUAUAAGCUCUCACUUGUUUGCUAAAUUAUAUCUGGUGCUCUGUCAUCAUAUUUAUAUUCUAACACAUUUCUUACAAGUAAUUUUCAUCAUUUUUUAUUAACGUCUUGUAUUUUGUUAUAAAAAAGACAGUAUUUUUCCUUUUUUUACAAUGAGAUAUUGUAUUUUUCCACUUUGGUGCUGAUUCAUUAUGUAUUUUGAGAUAUCAGUACAAAAUCAUGAAAUAUGUCACAUCAUUAUACAUGUUUUUGUAAGUCACUAGAAUCUAUGUAGUGUUCAAUGUAAGCAACAUUUUUUUCAUACCGGGGUCAUCCAUAAGUAGCCGAAAAUGUGUCUCUGUAAUUACUGGCCGAAAUAGCCUAAUUGAGAACAAAAUAUAAGCUGAGCUCAGAACGAAGGAUUUGGAUUCUGGAUUGAAAUAUGCUUACUGCUAUCCCUAAUUCAGUGCUAGCAGAAAUAACAAAAUAUGUUUCAUGUUAAAGCGAGGAAUUUGUUUUAAAUUUAAUCUCAAUGGCCAAACUUGGCUACACUUAAGCUUGCAUUAUCCUUGGCCAAGGAUAUUUCUGAUUUUCAAGGUGAAACCUGCAUCCAGUUUAACACAUUCUAAAUUAGCCAUUACUGUCAUUUUAUCAAGUUUUCCAAUAUCUGCGAGGAUGAUUUUUGUCUUUCAUACCUUAGCAUGGUGUGUCGUCCUGCACGUUCAUGCCUUACCCAAUUUACCAAGUUAUGAUAACGGUAUGGUCUUUGCGUCCAAAAUAUCUUCACAGUUUAGUCCAUCAUGCUAACGUAUGUAAUAUGACUUUACCACAAUUUACUUAACAAUAUUAUUGCUUACUUAUUCUCAUCUUGCCUUUUUAUUGUACUUCAUAUAUUCUUGAAUACCUAUAGAAGAGUUGAAAAAUUUGCCCUACAUUUAGUGCCCCAAUACUUUUUUUAUUUGUAUUUAUUAAAACGGACCAUUCUCUUGUUAUAGGUUGCUAUUCAUGAUUCUGUAAUUGAAGUAUUUUUCUAAAACCAAUAUAUCUACACCAUGAAAAUACCUGAUAUUCACCAUGGUGCAUGCAUUUUAUGGUACAUUAUGUACAUUGUGUUCAUUUGAUCGAUGGUACAACAUUAUUUUUAUCCUUGACAUGGAUUUACCUACACCUUUCUACCUCCCAUGAGCAUGGGUCGUUUCUUCUACUCAAAAAAUUUUCCCUUCUGUGCUCUUUAAAUGAAAAGUGGGCAAUUAUUUGUCAUUCUGAAUUCUGUAAUUUUCAGCAUCAAGUGCCUUUUUCAAUAAUAAAAUAUGUAACACUUCA